AUGAGUGGAUAUUAUAAAAUAGCACGUCAUUAUAAUUAUUCUAUCAAUUAUGUUCUUAAUACACUUAAUUAUGAAGCAAUUAUUAUUACAGAAGAUGAUUUGGAAGUGUCACCAGAUUUUCUUGAUUAUUUUCAAACACUUUAUCCAUUGUUAGUAUAUGAUAAAUCUCUAUGGUGUAUAUCAGCAUGGAAUGAUAAUGGUAUUGAAAAAAGAAUUGCUCGAGAAUCAACUCUUCUUCAUCGUACUGACUUUUUUCCUGGUCUUGGUUGGUUAUUAAAGAAAACUAUUUGGAAUGAAAUAAAAGCUACCUGGCCUGCAGGUUUUUGGGAUGAUUGGAUGCGAUUACCAGAACAGCGUCGUGAUCGUGCUUGUAUUCGUCCGGAAAUAUCUCGUACAGCUAUAUCACCAGAUGGUAAAAAAGGAGUUAGUCAAGGUCAACAUUAUGACCGAUAUUUAAGAAAAAUUGUUAAAAAUAAUGAUCCUGUUGAUUGGAAAUCUAUUGAUAUUAGUUAUCUUCUUAAAAAUCAAUAUGAUCCAGCGUUCCAAGCACAAAUUGAUGCUUGUCCAGUUAUUAGUAUAUCUGAUUUAGGACAUCUUAAAAGUGAAAUGAAAUGUGCUCAACUACGCUAUAGUAAUAAAAAAGAAUUUGUUGCUAUAGCUGAUACACUGGAAAUCAUGAAUGAUUUAAAGAGCAAUGUACCUCGAACAGCUUAUCGUGGUGUUGUGCAAUGUCGUUAUGGUCAAACAAACAUCUACGUUACACCAAAUCAGCAAUCAUGGAAAGGCUAUGAAUAA